GCGAGACUCUGACCGCCGCUAAAAUUCACAAAGAGGCGCAGUGAACAACCGGAUGCAAUGGCCGUGGCUUAUUGGUGAGAAGGAAAUCAGGGUCAUCUCGCUGAGUUCGCUCGCACGGCGCGCACUACUUGCCGCUCGGCGGAGGCACAGCUCGACGCACAGCCGGGACUCGGUGAGAGCGCAGCUGAAUGGAGGCAGCCUCUUCCUGGUGGAUAAACAGUGACAGCUACAGGGCAGCCACCGAGACCCAGCGCACAGGCUCUGGCGCUGCCCUGGCAAACAACACCAAAAUGGCUUCAGACAGUGCACACACCGCGCAGUUGACUUCUGAGCUGUACUUCCUAAUAGCCCGGUUCCUAGAGGCUGGACCGUGUCAGAAAGCGGCCGAGACCCUGAUCAGGGAGGUGGAGGAGAAGGAGCUGCUGCCCAAAAGACUGGACUGGACGGGGCAGGAGCACCCCGGGACCUACGAAAAAUUGGUGAAGCUCAACCGACACAUCAGUCCAGAGCACCUGCUGCAGGUCUGCUCUAGAGUUUGUCCAUUGCUGGAGGGGGAGGUCCCUGCCAGCGUGCCCGGACUCAUCAGCCUUCUGGGAGCCGGCAGGCAGAAUCUGCUCCGCACCAGCAAGAGUUGCAAGCAUGUUGUGUGGAAGGGCUCAGCACUGGCUGCCCUUCACUGCGGACGACCACCGGAGCCGCCAAUUAUCUAUGGAAGCCCACCUAAUAUUGUGGAGACAAGCUUCAGCCGUCGACUAAACGGAUCCUACCGUCUCCGGCAGCUGUUGCCCACUGCCGUGUACCAGCACAUGAAGAUGCACAAGAGGAUCCUGGGACACCUGUCGUCCGUGUACUGUGUCACCUUCGACAGGACGGGACGACGCAUCUUCACGGGCUCAGACGACUGCCUUGUGAAGAUCUGGGGAACAGACAGCGGACGUCUGCUGGCGACGCUGCGUGGCCACGCCGCCGAGAUCUCCGACAUGGCCGUGAGCUACGAGAACACCAUGAUCGCCGCAGGUUCCUGUGACAAGACCAUCAGAGUUUGGUGCUUACAGACCUGUGCCCCUUUGGCCGUCCUGGAGGGACAUGCAGCAUCUAUCACCUCACUACAGUUCUCUCCUUUCUGUUGUGGCUCCAAGCGUUACCUGUCGUCCACCGGAGCUGACGGAACCAUCUGCUUCUGGCAGUGGGACGCGCGCACGCUCAAGUUCGGCCAGAGACCCAGUAAAUUCACGGAGCGUUCCAGGCCUGGCGUCCAGAUGAUCUGCUCCUCCUUCAGUGCAGGUGGGAUGUUCCUCGCCACAGGAAGCACGGAUCACAUCAUCAGGGUGUACUACUUUGGCUCAGGCCAACCAGAGAAGAUCUCUGAACUUGAGUCGCACACAGACAAAGUCGACAGCAUCCAGUUUUCACAUUGCAGUGACAGGUUUGUGAGCGGCAGCAGGGAUGGUACUGCACGAAUCUGGCAGCUGCAGCCUCAGGGCUGGAGAAGCAUUCUGCUGGACAUGCAGACCAAAUUACCCGGGAAGUACAACCCUCCUCCACUGGAAGACAAGGUGACCAAGCUGAAGGUCACCAUGGUAGCGUGGGAUCGCCACGACGGCACGGUGAUCACAGCAGCCAACAAUCUGACGCUGAAGGUGUGGAACUCCACAACAGGAAACCUGGUCCAUGUCCUGAUGGGUCACGAGGAUGAGGUGUUUGUUCUGGAGCCACACCCCUUUGAUCCCAGAAUCCUGUUCUCAGCGGGGCAUGAUGGGAACUGUAUUGUGUGGGACCUGGCCAAAGGGGCCAAGAUCCGGUCCUACUUCAACAUGAUUGAGGGCCAAGGACACGGGGCAUUGUUUGACUGUAAAUGUAGUCCAGAUGGGCAGCAUUUCGCAGCCACAGACUCCCAUGGACACCUGCUCAUCUUUGGCUUUGGCUCCAGCAGCAAGUACGACAAGAUCGCGGACCAGAUGUUCUUCCAUACCGACUAUCGGCCGCUGAUCCGAGACGCCAACAAUUAUGUCCUGGAUGAGCAGACACAGCAGGCGCCACACUUAAUGCCCCCUCCCUUCUUGGUGGACGUAGAUGGAAACCCCCACCCCCCUAGAUACCAGCGGCUGGUGCCCGGCAGGGAGGGCUGCAGGGACGAGCAUCUGAUCCCACAGAUGGGUGUCACUUCCUCAGGCCUGAACCAGGUGGUGAGCGAGCAGGCGGUGGAUGGUUCAAGUCCUCUGGACACGAUGAUUCAGAGGCUGCAGCAGGAACAAGACCAAAGACGGGGAACAAAUGAUGCCCCUGCUCCGGGUGCUGUGAACAGCAUGGCCAGUAGAGGAUCGGUCGGUUCGCCGAUGGAGGUGCACUCCCCACCCAACGUGGGUCUACGUCGCAGCGGCCAGAUCGAGGGUGUACGCCAGAUGCACAGCAACGCCCCGCGCAGCCAGAUGGCCACAGAGGGAGACCUGGUGGCCUGGAGCCGCAGGGUGCUGGUACCUGAGCUGGAGGACGCCUCUGUCGGGAGGCAGAUAACCUGGCGUGAGGCUAAAGGGGAGGAGGAAAUCAAUAUUUAUCAGUCAGAGAGGAGGAGACGCACCAUCCACUCUCUCCCCAAGGAGAGCAGGGUUCAUCCCACAUCUGAGUGUGUCGUAGACGAGGGGAGGAAGAGUCAGGGUAACCAUGGUUAUCAAACCCGUGCUGCCAUGGAGGAGACGAGUCGGCAGAGCGCUGAGGGCGCAGACGACGAUGACAGCACCUCAGAGGGAGAGGUUGAGGUACGUCAAAUCAACGGCCAUUCCUCAGAUGAGGAGAAAGAGGAGGAGCCAAAAGAGCCCUGGCCAGAUGACCACAGUAGUUCAAGCGACUACUCCAGCGAUUACUCAGACUGGACGGCAGAUGCGGGCAUCAACCUUGAACCGCCCAAGAAGAGCGUUAGGGUAAAAAAGAAGAGCAGCAGCUCUGAGGAGGACGGAGAGAAGAAGAGGGAUGGGAAGAGGGAGAGGAAGAAAGACAAACCAGACAAAGACGACGCGUUACCAAAGAAGAAGCAGCCAAAGGAAAAGAGAAAGAGGACUGAGUCCGAGGAGCAGGGCCUGACGCUGGAGGAGUGGCUUCCCUCUGCUUGGAUCACAGACACGGUCCCCCGGAGAUGUCCUUACAUACCCCAGAUGGGAGACGAGAUAUACUACUUCCGACAGGGACAUGAAGCCUAUGUGGAGAUGGCCAAACAGAAGAAGAUUUACAGCAUCAAUCCUAAGAAGCAGCCGUGGCACAAGAUGGAGCUUCGGGAGCAGGAGUUGAUGAAGAUAGUUGGCAUCAAGUACGAGGUUGGCCUACCCACACUGUGCUGUCUUAAACUUUCCUUCCUGGACCCUGACACCGGCAAACUCACCGGAGGAUCCUUCUCAUUGAAAUACCACGACAUGCCUGAUGUAAUCGACUUCCUGGUGUUGCGGCCGCAGUAUGACAAUGCCAGAAAUAGACAGUGGAGUAUAGGUGACAGGUUUCGGUCGGUGAUAGAUGAUGCCUGGUGGUUUGGGACCAUUGAGAGCCAGGAGCCCUACCAGACCCAGUAUCCUGACAGCCUGUUCCAGUGCUAUAAUGUCUGCUGGGACAAUGGAGACACGGAGAAGAUGAGUCCUUGGGAUAUGGAGAUGAUCCCUGAUGACGCCACGUUCCCCGACGAGUUGGGCCUGAGCGUCCCCCUGGUCGAAGACGAGCAGAAGGAGCUGCUUUACGUCCCUAUGGAAGGAGAAUGGGGCUCCCACACACGCAUAGAGGAGUGUGAACGCAUCAUCAAAGCCAUCGACCAGCUCUGCACGCUCGAUGUAGCGGCGCCAUUUGCCUUUCCAGUGGACCACCAGGCUUACCCCACGUACUGCACAGUAGUGGCCUAUGUCACUGACCUCAGCACUAUGCGCGAAAGGCUGGUGAACCGCUUCUACAGACGACUCUCCUCUCUGAUGUGGGAGGUUCGCUACAUUGAACACAACGCGCAAACCUUCAACGAGCCUGGAUCCUUCAUCGUCACUACCGCCAAGUUCGUCUCUGACCUCAUGCUGCAAUUUAUUAAGGACCAAAGUCUGACCGACCUCAUGCCCCUGUACAGAACUAUGAAGAAGGCAACUUUCUCUGACUCUGAAGACGAGGAUGAGGAGGAGGAGGAUGAAGAUUCUAAUACUCCUGGAACGUCCACACGAAACUAUAAGGGACGUCCCCCGAUGCAGCGCCGACUGCGAACCCGACCUCCUUCCUACGACCCUCAUGCAUGGAGGGGGCGCUGUAAGGAGCUGCUGGACCUGCUCUUCCAGUGUGAAGACUCCGAGCCCUUCAGAGAACCCGUGGACCUACAGGAAUACCCGGAUUACCUGCAAAUAGUUGAGUCUCCAAUGGACUUCGGAACCGUAAUCAACACGCUAUCAGAAGGAAAGUACCAGUCUCCCAUCCAGCUCUGCAAAGACGUGCGGCUCAUUUUCAGCAAUUCCAAAGCGUACACGCCCAGUAAGAAGUCUCGGAUCUACAGUAUGAGUCUGAGGCUUUCUGCUCUGUUUGAGGAGCAUGUCAGCUCCAUCUUGGCCGACUACAAGGCCAUCCACGGCCUGACAGGAAAACUGACCAGACAGGGCACGGACAGACAGACGCGACACACGACAGACAGACAGACGAGGCACGUCAUGAAGAGGAGGAGGAGGAGCGAGUCUCCCACAAGCAGCACUGCAUCCAGCCCAGAAAGGAAGAGACGUGUAUCGUCCAGGGUGACGGCAAAAAGGGAGCCGUCACCAGCUCCACCACGCAGCUCCUCCCUGAGACAGAGCGCUCCACAGAAGCAGCCGCCCCAGCUGGUCAACGGGAAGGCGGAUACACAGGCUGCCGGGCGAACACGCAGCGCAGCACGCCAUUCUCCGCCCGCUGCCUCCUCAUCGCAUAACUCCACGAGCAACAAAACAGAGUCAACGCGUUCGCUGAGGACUCACCACUCCGUGUCAGCUUCAACGCCACCGAUCUCUGAAAAGGCGACUCCCACUCCAGCUGCAGAAGGUAGCAUUGGAGGAAGCACCCGGCGGAAACUCAGGACACCUGUACGACACACGCCUGGCUCUAUUGUCAGCCCUUCAUCUCAGACAACAACCCACCUGAAUGGUCACAGUAGUCAUGUGACCCUUGGCAUGGGGAAGAGAGGGCGGAAGUCCAGAAUAGACCCACCGGGGAGUCCUCCAGAGGUCACGACGCCGGCGAGCCCCUCUAGACCUCAAGAUCGCUCCCCUGGCAAGAAGAGAGGCCGGAAGAGCAAGCAGGAGCUGGAGGAGAUGAGAAAGAGCAGUAACCGCAGGAGCUCCACCCCCGAUGAGGAGCUCGACAACUCCACAGGAGACGAAGGCGGGGCCUCUUCUGCACAGGAAACAUCUGUGCUGUCAGACUCUGGCGUGCCAUCGACGCCUAGACGGCGCGGCCGGCCCCGAUUGGUACGAACUGAUGAAUCAACUCCUCCCGCGGAGUCACCGGAGCCCUCACCGCUGAGGAGGAGCAGCAGAAGAGCCAAUGAGGAGGUGACCGCUCCUCCACACACCGCCCCUCAACGAUCCAAUCGCAGGGAGUCUCCAAAGGAGGAGGAAGGUGAUGGUGAUGGUGAAGGGGGGUCCAUGCGCACACGUAACCAGGGGCGGCGGUCAGCCUUUUACAUGGAGGAGGACUCUGAGGAGGAGCAGAGGCAGCUGCUGUUUGAGGACUCGUCGAUCACCUUCGGCACCUCCUCGAAGGGACGCGUCCGCAAGCUGACAGAGAAGGCCAAAGCCAACCUGAUUGGCUGGUAACAGAACACACAUGCAAGAUGUGAGGAGGAGGCCGACUGCCAUGACGUCUUUGCAGUUGAUGAGUAGGGGGCUAUCUAGGAGGUCAUGUUGCUGUUGUAUGCAUUUCUGUGCACGUACGUGUGUGUGUGUAUCUGAACGGCCACUGGCUCAGCUGCUGCUAUUUGAAGCUGUGACUACGGAGAGACACAACAGCGCAGUGGCCUGUCCAAUUCUACUUCCUCUCAGCCCAGUGAGCACAUCGUUAUGGCAACCAGUGGCUUUCAGCAUGUUCUUCUGGUCGAGCUCCUCUGACGUUACUGGUCCAUGUUGGAUCUGAUAAGACGCUCGUCGACUCCCGUGUCGGUGGGGCUGUGACCUGCCUCUGUCCAGUGAUCGACUCUUUGCCCCGGUCUAACCUGAAACACUUCCGGGUGUCACAGACUGGACAGAGUUUUAGUACUUGAAAAGGUCCCGAAGCGAUGGAUGCGUCUCGUCUCUUUACUAUUUCAGAGAAACUUUUCAAGUGUCUCAGCCAGGAGGAAACAAGUCGCCCGCUGAAUUCAAAUUGUUCGGUCUGUGAUGGACGACGGACCGAGCACCGGCUGACAACAUCUUUCGGCCCUGUCAUCAUUGUUCCUGUUCUUUUUUUUUUUUUUAUAUAACCCUUUCUUGGCUUUUUCUAAGAUUUGUACGUAACGAUCGGCUCUCUGUUUUGGAAGUCUUACACAUUGGCUGACCUGAGCGUUUCUGUCUGUGCUAAAAUACCAAAUGGUGUACCUGUAUAGGUACUGUAGAUCCGCAGGCUCUGUUUACUAUUGGGGUGUGUGUGUGUGUGUGUGUGAGUUUUGUUUUGCAUGUUAGCUGUUUUUACUGUGAGGAGGUGGAUAAGGAUAAAAAGGUGAAAGGGUUCAUUUUAGAAUACGUUUCAAUGCGUCCUCAACAUUAGCAAUACCUUGUGCCUUUAUGUCUUUGGAGUGUGUGCGUGCGUGUGUGUAUGAGCGUGCUUGGCCUCUGCCCUGCAAAGUACAUGUGCCUGUAUGUGUGGGAACCUAUGUUGUGUGCGCAACUGAAGGAGUGUGUGUGUUUUUAUAACACAACUGAGUGUGUCACUUCCACCUUCAGUGUACAAACAGUGGCAUACAGUUUGAUCGUUGUGAAACCUCUCAAAGAAAAUGUAUUUAUAGCAGUUUGAAAAAAAAGAAGACUUUACUCUUGUUGUGAACAUACCAUUAUUCAUGUCAUUAUAUUAUCCUAUAACCAACCUAUUGUCAGUUUAUACCUAAGGUACAAUGAGCGGAGCUUUGGGUGACUAGCUUUGAGAUGCACUUACCACAGAGCGGUUAUCAAUGCAGUCAUAGGGAGCGAGUAACCCUGUGUAUUUUAAAACUGUUAACAUAUAAAACUGAACUUUUUAAAAGGUUGAUAUGUCUCUAUGGUGAUCACACACGUGCGUGCACACACACACACACACACACAAUUAUGUCUCGCAUGUUUUAGCACUUUCUCAUCAACUGGAUGGAGCCAGAUAGAACUGAUGUGGACUGAAUUUGGAGAGAGAGAGAGGGGGGGGGGGCCUUUGGGGCCUUUUUGUCUUUGCUUUCUUAAUUUCCAUAAACUUGGUGGUAGCAUCUCCACACAUCUGAUUCAUUUCACGUCUUCCCUGUCACAUAUUAUUCUACGUAUAUCUCAUCUGCUUAUCAUUGAUUCUGUUGAUGCCAAAUUCUGUGUUUGGGCACUGAACUUUUAGAACAAGGCUUUUGAAUGUUUUUAGUUUAACGGUCUCUACUGUGAGUGUGUCGAGCUUGUGUGUCAAAGGUUUCUUCGACUGUGUCCACUCCAUAGAGGACAAUGUUGAAGUGGCUGGAUCUGUGGAUUGAUACCGCUGGACUGGUUGUUCUACACUCUGCAGCAAUUAUCUGACGUUCAAAACUUACAUUUUAUUAUUUUCCGGUCACGUUUCACUGACACUUUGUUUAUAUUGUGUAUAUGAAGAGCUUUAUUCCAUGACCUACAACGGAGACAUUGUCUCCCAUGACUCUUUACAUCAAAGUUAAUGUUAUUAUUGUUCUUUUUUUUGUUUUUUAAGUUGGAAGCUAAUCAUUUCGCCCAUAAAAGUAUUUCCUUUGUGGGCAGUAAUUUUGUUGAUUUUAGGAGUUUGUUAAUGAGUAAGGUAAAUGACAUAUAUGCAGAAUUUAUCAUGAUGAUUAGAGUUUGGAACAGAAUUUUCUACACAGGCUUCUCAAAGCUGAAAUAUGAGCUCACUUGUAAACAUGUUUACAUGCGCAGGUCUGCAGUUUAUAAAAACAGCUCAUGAGAAUCCCAGAUGUUUGAGGAUAUCUAGACAUUAAGUAAUUAGCCAUGAUUUGUUUUGGCUUUGGCCUGCUAUGUAAGACAAUGUAUCCCAUGUUAAUAAUGAGAUAAGGAGGGACGAGCAGUAUUUAUCUGCUAAAUCCCAAUGAAAUUCAGUCAAAUUAUGAAAGAGUUCAUCAUAUGAAAAUGGACAUUGUACUUUUUAAGUCUACUGCCGUCUGCUCCUUUGAAUCAAAGCACCCACAUUGCCUGUAUUUUUUGAAAAGUAAAACUAAAAGAGCUGAUUGAGUGUUGCUGGUCAGGUGACCUCAACCAUGUUAGUGAUUAUGUAAAAACUCUAAUCAUUACAAAAAAAGCCUUAAAAUCAAGUUCCUGGUUAUUAGCCAGAAAUGUUUUAUUAAUUUAUUCUUAUGCUCUCAGACACAAAUGUAGUCUGUAGUCCUUCACAGAGUGGACCUCAUUAGGUUUUGGUGUCAGUGUUUUCAACCUUGACUCAGCUCCUCAGAUCAGCUUUCUUACUUUUACCAGACCCCCCCCCCCCCCCCCCAACUGUGUUUUGAUGCAAAUCUACACAUGCAUCCAUUCACCUCGGGCCUGUGCUAAAUGUGUGGCAGAGUUGUGCAGUUUCUGGCCUCUGACCAAGCCCAAGAGUCUUAGGUCAGAGGUUAAAGGUCAUAGUGUGUGUGAAUAUGUGUGUGUGUGCGUGUAUGAAGUGGUUGCAUGUGAGCCACUGGGAAGCAUUUUUGGGACUUUUUUUAAGUUUUAAAGGGACGUGGGCUGGAAAAGAAGAGAACAGGAAGGGAAGGGGUCUAUUUCACACAAACUGAGUGACCAGGAUGUCUUUGUCAGUUUGGAUACUUUUUAUAUAUAAAAGAAUUCAUGCAAAAAAGAAGCAUAAAGCUAGAAUGUAUGUGUAGGAGAGUACUGCUGUCCUGUUAGUUAAUACCAAUAUUUUAAGUAAAUAAAAAGUUGUGUUUCCAUAUCUA